AUGAUGUGUCCACCUCCAGAUAUGCCGUCUUCUAUACGGGAGACAGAUGAGAGCUCCCGUGAUUCGGGUUUCGGUGAGAUGGACUGUGAUAGUAUGCCCGUGGAUUUCGCCCAUCCAUCUUUUCUGAAGAAAUCAUCGUCAUUCCAUUUUAAAAAUUUGGACAUGGAGAUGGACGAUCUAGUCAUUGAAGAAUCACUUGCGAUUCAAACGACAAACAUGAUUUGCUCAAAAAAAGAAGAGCUUGAAGUUAAAACAGUACUUAGCAAUAUGAGAUCACAACGUAAAGGACUUGCCGAUGUCACAAACAGAGUUUCCCAAGCAGAAUCACCAAAAUCGAGGAAAUCGAUUUUUGCCAAACCACAUUGUCGGGCCAUAAGUAUGCACCAGCAUAACCGUAAAAGGGCUUUAAAAGCCAGUUUCCUUCAGUAUAAACGGAAUCGAGUUGAUGAGACGAUUGAGGAGGUUGAGAAUGUCCCGAGUUGUUCUACGGCAGCACCACGUCCAGCACGAAGUUCGAUGAUGUUACGAGUUCAAUCAUCGUCUGUACUCGAAGUCGGACAUCAUCUACCACAAUUUCUUGAAGUGAAAUACCAUCUGGAAACGGUCACAACGAAUGAUUCGCAAGCGUUCCGUCGAAUCGAUGCUCAAACGCUUUCACGUUUGAUGAAAUCGAUGACUAGUGAGGAAUUCGCUGAAAAAUAUGUGUUGAUCGAUUGCCGUUAUCCAUAUGAAUUCAAUGGGGGCCAUAUAAAGGGUGCCAUCAACGUCUUCGAUACGACUAAGUGCGAAGAGGUGUUCUAUCCGUCUAAUUCACUCCAUCGUGCUGAAAUUCACAGUCGGAUACCGAUCUUCUACUGUGAAUACAGUCAAAAACGAGGACCUUCUAUGGCUCAAACACUGCGAAGUGUGGAUCGACAACGUAAUGUGGAUGUUUAUCCGAAAGUGGAUUUUCCCGAGAUUUAUGUAGUCGAUAAAGGCUACCGCAACUUUUUCAAUAUGUUCGCCGAUUCAACGGACAAGGUUGGCAAAUGCCUUCCAUUUUCGAAUCUAUGCGAACCAUGUAGUUAUGUCGAGAUGGUUGAUUGCCGUUUUGCUCAUCAUCUAAAGCAAUAUAAUUUCCAUAAGAAGAGCUGGGGCAAUACGACUUGCUCGAAGAACGUACCGUAA